UCAAUUUAAUAGUUGACAAUUACCUGAUUAAUCACUACAGCUCUAUUUUGCAUUUAAAAGUAUAAAAUAAAACAUGUGUUCUUCUCUUUUAACACAUCGGGAAGCACACCCUGAUGUGUUAAGAGAGAAUUAUGCAAUGCAGUUUCGGUUUAUAGCAGUAUUGUGGUGUAGGUGUGUUUAGUGCUGGGAAUAUCGCUGCGCAAUAAAACAGAGAUGAAGCCAGCAACCACCACAUUAGUCACCUGCUUUUAUCGGUUAUAAAGACACACGUCGCCUCCGGUCUCAAUCUGUCGUCCAGGAGCCUCUUUUGUCAGUUUCACCAUCCUUCAACCAUCUGAUCCUGAUCAUGGCUGUGACCAACCAACCAGGCAGCUACGCACCCUCUGAAUUCCAGACGGGCCUGUGUGAUAUCUGCGAUGACUGUGGAACUUUAUGCUACGGCCUUUUCUGCUUCCCGUGCCUCGGCUGCUCCAUCGCCAGUGACAUGGGCGAGUGCUGCCUGUGUGGUCUGAACGGGGCAAUCCGCAGCGUCUACAGGACCAAAUACAACAUCAAUGGGUCGAUGUGUAGUGACUUCAUGGCAAACAUGUGCUGUCCAUUCUGUGCCACGUGCCAACUGAAGAGAGAUAUCGACCGCAGAAAGGAGCAAGGCAUUUUCUAAAUGGAUGCCGUCACCACACCAGACAAGUUGUAAAUGUGCUGGAUCUACAGCCCAUUCUCUCUCUGAUAAAGAUGUUUAUAAAGUGGUAUUCAGUAUAAUUUAGCCGUUAAUGGUGUUGUAAAUUGACUAUCUUUGUGAUUUUUUCUGUAUCAACUAUAAUCCUCUGAAGGAAAUGACAUUCAUCUCUUCCAGUCAGUUAAACAUUAGUCAGCUGGGACACACCCUGAGAGUGGAAAGCGGCGUCAUGAUUUACUGCUACUGUUAUAAGAUAAAGCUUAUCUGUGCUGUCCUCAGCAGGUGUUCCUUAAAUAAAAAAAACUCUUAAUCUGAACUACUGGAGGUAGUGCCUUGUUUUCCUGUUUGUACACUUUUGGAUAUUUCACGACACUCUGGCGUUGUGUUGAGUGUUUUUGUUUUGUGUCCAUUUUUAUGCCUCCACGCCAGCAACAGACGUGGCCAGAGACAUUCUGUUUUCAGGUUAUCCGUUCGUCCGUCUGUCUGUCCGGUCCAUUCAGCGAUCUCUCAGUAACAACUAGAAGGAAUUUCUUCAAAUU